AUGGAACCGGAAAGCGAAUCCUUAGAGUCACUGCUCGAAGAGAAAGAAUGUAUUAUAGAGGAGAAUGUUACAAACCACCCAUGGACAAACUCACUCAACAAACUACUAGAAAUUAGUGAGAAACUGGCACCACCAGAGACAGAUCAACAUCCUGGCGUAUUAGUUCACACCGAUUCUAAUUUACUCGAAAGCUUGUUAUUCUAUUUUCCAAUGAUGGACGAUACUACACAACUGGUGGUUUUGGAACACUUUACUCGAUUCGCAGAAUAUAACGAUAUGAACAAGUGGAUACUGUUUAAAGCUAACACGACCAGUACGCUAUUGAAAACGCUAAAGAAACUGACUCAAAGUAACACGAUAACAACCACAGCUGUAGUAGACCACAAUCAUUCUUUUGUAGUGGAAAAAAUUUUGAAAUUAAUUGAAAUCGUGUGCUCAUUCUCUGUCAAAGUUUCUGAUGUCAAGCUGAUUUUAAACCUUAUUUGCCUAACGAAUGAAGAACCUAAAAGUGUGGAGUCUGGUCUUGUAUUACCAACAAUUGAAAAAUUUCCAAUGAAUGGGUAUUCGUUCUUUACGUGGUUCAAGAUGGAUUCUGCAAAACCUUAUCAUGACCUUUCAUCCUCGGAUACUAGUGACAAUAGUAAAAGAAAGGAUAAUGAAAAUAAUGAUGCACCUCGAUUAUUCUCAUUUUUCAAUAAAUCAGGAAAUGGAAUUGAGGCUUUUUUCAUGAACAAAGAAUUGCAUUUCUUCAGUAGAAAAGGAAAAGAGGUGGUGCACAGGGCUACAAUGAAUAAUUUGAAAUUCUUGCUCAAUCGAUGGUAUUUCAUUACUUUUGUGCAUUACCCGUCAAAACGGGGCUGGACUUCAUCGCCGGCUGAAAUUAAAGUCACAGUUGAUGCUGAAAUUGAAUGGAAGGCAAAAUUCGAUUACCCUGUCAGCUUUCCUGGUGAAUCCUUUGCUAAUUGUGUUAUUGGCGCUUCGUCAGUUGAUUGGCGCCAUAAUCAUCAAAAAUUUGAAAUAGACACAAAAAAUAACACUACCGACAAGAAAACCGCUGAAUUCAAGAGUAGUAGUUCUUAUCAUCUUCAAAAUUCUUUCUGUGGCCAAAUGACAACAAUAUAUUUAAUUAGCGAUGUACUUUCCCAAGAUAAGAUAAAUUACAUUCACUCACUUGGUCGUAAUCACACCAUAGAAUUUCCAACAGCACAUACAGACAUCUCACAAAUAUUGCCUUCUCGACACAUGAUUAACGGGAAAAUCUUGUUUCGGUUUCACGUCAAAGCAUCCGAGAAUGAAAAAUGUUUCAAUCUUGCUCCACGUAAUAAUUAUCAUGCACCAUUUCAAUUUGCCACUCUUGUAUCGGUGCAAAAAUGUUCCACGUUGAGUCUACAAAAUGCAAUUCGAUCCUUAGGUGAUAUCGAAGUUUUAUUUCCAAUGAUACAAAGAUUUAACUAUCUCGACUCUAUCACACAUCAAGCACCUUUUGAGUCGCAGGAUGAUUUCUUCGCAUCAGAAAGUCCUUGUCGCUCAUUUUUCGCGCUUAUCACCGCUCUUUUACAAACUAAUUAUAAAAGUCAAGCUCACAUAAUAAAAUCGCGUGGGAUAAGAGUCAUCAGUUUACUCCUACAACGGAUUGGACCUCGAUACUUGACAAUAACAGCAUUUCAAAGCAUCGUAACGCUAGCAAAUAUUUUGUCUGGAAAUGAAGAGCUUACGCUUGAGAAUUUUUGUGACUCACGAAAACAAAUGUGUCGUGUCUAUUUUGGAGUGCAAUAUUUUUUGGAUUCACUACAAACAAUCUAUUGGUACGAGCAAACAGAAAAGUCUGCGUCACAUCGACAUAUUGAUGGUGCGACACGUCCAAAACCUCCACAAAUAAAAGAGUUACGCGCAAUAGUGCUAAAUAUUAUACGCGGUUAUAUCAUAAAUGACAUCACUAAAGAUGAAACUGUGUGCAUUCUACGUAAUUUAUCGGUGAGUGAAGAUGACGCGCAUCUUAUCGAAAUUUUGCAUGGUUGUAGUAGUGGUAACAACAACAAUAAUCAUAAAGAUUUGGUUGAAAAUAUCGCAUCAUAUGGUGGAUUUGAGAUACUUUGUGAGUUGCUUAAACGACGACGCGAAGAGACUGUCCGUCUUUAUUGCAUAAAAAUAAUAACAUUUUUAAUAACGUGCCCGACAACACCGCCUCAAUUUGCAAAAAAAUUAAGAUUUAUGGAUACAGAUCCAUCGAAUCUCGUGAAAUUACUUACUGGAGUUCCGUUAACGCGCCCUAUAUAUGAAGCACUAUUAGAGUGGGCAAUGGAAACUUUUACUCUAAAUGGAUUGCCUCAGGAAAACAAGUUGCAAUCGAAUAUCGUCAAUCAAUCAGAAUUACAACCUUCAACAAUAAAAAACUUUCGCGUCAUUUUUGUCAUUUUUUCACUGUUAAAUUGUGAGGGCACGAAUCCAACCCUUCAAAACAAGAUACUUGAAGAGUUUGUGGGAUUUUUUAAACAUAAUGUUGAUUAUUGUCUUCAAUUAAAUCACCUAUGGUGCUGGCAACGUUUGUUAGUCUCUCGUAUUCCACCAUAUGCCAGUAUCCAGGUUAAUUCACCUCAGAAAGAGACAGCCAAUUGGGUCAUUGAUUUGCUAACCAGUAUUAUUUGGAAUCUAUUACCAGUUGAAAAAAGUGGUUUUCGUGCUAUCGAAGAAACUAUAUUUGUUCUUUGGACCAGUGACCGUGCCAAUUGUCUGGAGAUUGUUCGUGCUUUUUUGUCUGUUAUGCUUUGUGUUUUAGCUAAAGAUAUACGUGAUGCGGAUUUAGUGAAUUUUGGCAUUAUCAAAUUGGAAAAUGUUGUGCGAUUAGUAAUGUUAACUGAAGAGAUUAUAUUCAAUCAUAAAGAUAUAGCUCAAGUCGUAGAGCAAGACAUGAGCAGUAACGAACACAACACCUCACUAUCUACAAGUUAUUCUUCUUCAUUCCGUUCAAUGUAUGAAAACGGUCUUCCAGCACUUAACGCACUCGGCAUCAACGAUAUGCCAGUCUUCCAAAAGCUGGAAUCGACCCUUCCCUCAUCCUUCAACUCAAUGCUAAGAUCCGACGACAUAGUAUUUCAGAGCGCGAGUAACCCAUGGGAAGAAAACCAACUACUCGCCGAAACAUACCUGGAGAUUGUUAACGCGUUAGAUCGGAAGGCAGGAUGGAGGUUAGAAACAAUACCACCUAAUCGGAUCGACCUGCGUCCCGGCGACACUUGUCGCAUGGUUUUACGAAUCCUGAUUGCUGGAAUCUCGACCCCUGAUCAAGUGCUACGCGAAAAGGCUCUCGAGAACCUUGUUGGUUUUAUCGAGCGGCAUGUCUUGACUCCGGACACUGCUUCCGCCAGAAAACAGCUCCAAGAGUAUUUCUGCACUGAUAGCGAUAUCUUUCGACAGCAUAUAAAUAUGCUUAUAGGCGAAAUUCAUGAAGCUUUCAUGUAA